CGUCUGUUAGAUGCGUCGUGUUCAGACCUUCUGAUUGGACGAGGCAGAGCGUAAUGUAUCAUGGGAAACGAAAGUUGUUUGCAAGCACAACUGCAACAGCAAAGGAUUUUUUUCUAGAAGACACUUGCGACAUAAUAAUACUUACGAUAUUACAAAAUCGAGUAUUGGUCAAAGUAGAGCAUAGCCUGACGUGUUUUAUGUAAUCCUCGCAAAGGAUAAAAUUGCAAGGUGAAAAGAUGACAACGUUCCCCACAUCUGCCUCGAAGAGUUUCAGCUCGACCCCAUUGAAGAAGCAAAGCAGUGGCACAGAUUUACACAGAUCUAAAAGUGUGGACGCCGACUCACCACACGGCUCCACGUACUCCCUUCUCUCUCCCAUCUAUCACGACAGCUUUGAAAGUGAUGAGGAGGGCCUGAGUCCUGCAGCAGGUCGUCUCAUAGACACCUCAGCAACACAGAGCGAAGAUGCCAGAGUGGAACUGCCUCGGAAGCCUCCUCAUAGCACCGGGGCUGAAGGCGAUGACCCUACAGCGUCUCUCAAUGCCUGGGAGCGAUGGCUGGUGUGCAAAGCCAAAGAUGAGAGAAUCCGAAUGGAGAGGAAAGCAGAGGAGGAGCGCAUAGAGAAAGAGAAACAAGAGAAGCAGGAGAUACAGCAACAUAGAAAGAAGAUGGUUGUGGAGGAAAAGAUCCAAGAGUGGCUGAAGAUGAAAAGAGAGCAGGAGAAGCAGGAGAAACAGCAGAAGCAGAGCCGACAGCAGGAGGAGAUGCAGAAGCAGCAACAGAAGCAGAGGGAGGUGGAACAGAAAGCCGAGCAGAAGUACAGAGAGUGGCUUCGGAGGAAGAACCAGGAGAAAAUGGAGAAGGAGAUGAGAGAGAAGGAGGAGGUAGAAAAGAAAGAGGCUCAAGAGAAGGAGAGGAGACAGAGAGCAGAGGAGAAGUUUAAGGAAUGGCUAGCCAGUGCUCAUGACAAGAGCCAACCAUGUCCCAAGACAGCAGGUUGCUCCAGAGGUGUCUAUGACACUACAUCUUACCCGUCUCCCAGCUUCUACAAUCCAAUCCCAUGGAAACCCACCCACGUGCCACCACCAGAGAAACCACCAAAGAAGAAAACAACCCAUAGAAAAGUGCAAAGUCAGCCUAAAUACCAGCAUAGUCCCAGGAUGGCCUUCAGACUGAGAGACACAGUGAGCUCAGCUCAUCUGCAGACUAGGAGAUGACACGGGAUGAGUUGUGACAAUUUUACUAAUACUGUGGGAACACUGGAAACAACUGCACAUUAAGUCCUAAAGUUGCUGGUAGCUUUACAGCAGGUAUACGUGUUUUACAAAUGAGUGGCCAGAUAGUGGCUUAUAACAUAAUUUCAGUAUUUGUAUAUUAUACUUUUUAUAAAUAUGUUCUGGGUUUCGUAAAUGUUACCACUUGAGUCAUUGACACCUAUACAUUAAAACCAUCACUGAUACUUGAUACCUUUCUUAAUUUUGAC